GAAGAAGUCAAGAGAUUAGUCGACGCUUAUGUGGUUAUACUUAAGAAAAAGUUUAAGGACAGCCUACCGAAGUUGUGUCAGUUAGAGCUAAUAGACUCGACCUCUAAGUUCAUUGCCGUCGACUUCAAGGUCCGUAUCCGUCAAUCAUACGACUCGACCGGCGAUAUCAUUGGUGACGAUCCCGAUAGAGAAGUCAGGAUUGAUUUGGAGACCCAACAGACCCAUUACACCGAAGCCAUUGAUAUAAUCGACAAGUUUUCACACAUGAAAUUAUAACACAUUUGUAGCUUUAAGUCA